AUCAAUCAAAUAAUUCAAUAUGGCCGACUGCUUCGAAAGAGUUUGUUCGCGGUUAUCUCUCCCCAAAUUUUAGUUUGUUCUUAUAAUAUUCCGUGUGAAAUAAUUGCCUUACCAUAUAAUGUAAGUCAACACGCUAAUGAAGACUUUCCCGUAUUCUGAAGAUGCCAGUUAAUUCUGUACCGGAAACGAAGAAGGGAAUAGAAAAACCUAGAUCUCUGUCACUAAACAGGAAUAAUGCUAUACUGAGUAACAGGAAGCGAAAAACCGAGGACCUGAAAGAAAUUCCAACACCUUUGAAGCUCUCUAUUAGUAAUAAUAAAGAAAAUAAGCCCCUUAAAAGGCCUUUGAACGGAACUUACAAUAACACAUUAAGUGCAGCUAAAAGACUAAAGCCUCUUGCUGUGUCAACUACACAAUCAGGAAAAAUUCUUGACUCAGAAUUAAUAAUAGCUGACCUGCCAGCCGGCACUGCCAUGUUGAAUGGCCACCACCCACCAGACAGUCAGUAUGCGGGGAGCAUGCAGAAGAAGACCCCCAUUGCGACCCUCUCCAAUCUAGGAAACACUUGCUUUCUUAACAGUGUGCUCUAUACUUUAAGAUUCGCCCCCCGCUUCCUCCACAACCUACACCACCUGGUGUCGGACCUGGCGAGCGUGGAGCAGAAGCUGGGCAGCAUCCGGCAGAAGAGCUCCUCGCUGGGGCGCAGCGCCGCCGGGCUCGCCGCCUCCGGCGCCCGCUCCUGGAGCAGCAAGGACCUGCUGUCCUUGGGGCAGUCCGAUACUGGUGCGGGAAAGAGUAAAAUACAGAUAGCAACAGAGAAGCUACAUGAAACAUACUUCAAUCUGCGAGCAGCUGAGACUAAAUGUCUCAACAGCGGAUCAGCGGAUGCCAGCCCGGAACCGUUUGCCGCUGACGCCUUCCUUGCAGCGCUCAGAGAUGUUAAUUCCACUUUUGAAGGCAAUCGGCAACAAGACGCCCACGAGCUGCUUGUGUGUAUACUGGACAACAUCAGGGAAACUUGCAGAGCGCUCGCCUCGCGCGCCAACAAACAGAUACACGAAAAUGGAGACAGCAAUGGAAUAGAUCGCCAACCAAGCCUCGACGGCGACGGGGGCAAACCCACCCUCGGCAACCUCCGCAAGUCGUGGAAGAAGCGCAAAGAGGUGAAGGACAAGCGGCCGCCGGCCGGCGCGGGCUGCGGCGGCGAGAGGGCGCGCCCGGGCUGGGACUUCGUGGCUGACGACUUUGAGGGAACAAUGGUAGUCCGCACGAUGUGCCUAGAAUGUGAGACGGUUACGGAGAAGGCCGAAGCGCUUUGUGAACUGUGCGUCCCUGUCGGAGAAGAAGAUACUACGGACGAUGAGCCUUUCAGGGCCGCUUGUCUGUCUAGCGAGUACCUUAGGGACCAAAAUAAGUACUGGUGCGAGCGCUGCCUCCGCUACAACGAGGCGCGGCGCAGCGUGGCGUACUCGCGGCUGCCGCGGCUGCUGGUGCUGCAGCUCAAGCGCUUCAGCGGCGGCAUGGAGAAGAUCACCAAACAUCUGCCCACGCCGCUCAACAUGCCGUGCUUCUGCGAACUCUGCGCCAAGCGCCCGCCGGACGUGCAGCCCACGCAUAGGUACAUCCUUUGGGCAGUGAUAAUGCACUUGGGUCAGUCACUGACGGGCGGGCAUUAUGUGGCGUACGCCAGAGAUUGCACACACGCUGAGGGCAAGUGCGAGCGAGAGGGAAGCGGAGAUGCCACCACCACGAGCACCACCACCACCACCACCAACAGCAGCUCCAGCUUCAUGCGGUCGCUGUUCAGCCGAGCGCGCGCACCCUCCGGCUGCCAGGCGCGCGAGUGCUGCACGCAGCCGGCGGCGGAGGGCUGGCUGGCGUGCGACGACGAGCUCGUGCAGCGCGUGCCCGACCACGAGUUCCGCGACCUGCUCGCGGCGCAGGCGCAGCCCUCCGCCGCCACGCCCUAUCUGCUCUUCUACGUCAAGAACGAAGUUGGCUAGUGAAAACCCGGUCUCCUUGUUUGCAGUCGGUGCAGUGCGUUCAGUUGUUGCCCAUGUGACAUCGAAUAGUGAACUUUUGGUUUAUGUGCAGUGUUGAAGUGAAAGAUGACGAUUCGAAAUUACAUAGAUGUGAACAUGUUAGCUGCGGUGUCCGAUUUGCAGAUACUUAGCAUAAUGGGAUGGGGAUGGUAACAUUAUGUUCAAACUUUUUCAACAAUUUCAUUCUAAUAUUUAUUUUUAAAACACCAAUAAUGGCACAGAAAUCGAAAGAUUCAGCCGUUAUUAUUCAGCUUUGGAAUUCAUAUGUAUAGGUUUUUUUUUAAUAAAUGUUAAAAAAGGUCAACGGCUUUUUUAAAAUGAUCACUAAAAUAUAAAUCAGAAAACCUAUUAUAGCCACUAAAAUUAAUGACAUAAUGAUAUUUAGUGGACUUUAGUCCACGAUACACAUUGAUUUGUUAAAAUUGAAUGUGUCCGUAAAUCAUUUAUUAUUGUAUGAACAACACUAUUAUUAUAUGAAAACAAAUCUAACAAAUUCUUAUAAUACAAACAUUUUUUAUUUAUUUAUAAUUUUAGCUAUCUAGCCCUUAGAGGUAGGUAGUUGGUGUUUUACAAGUAUCCCUGUAUUAUUCUUCCUUUAUCCUUCUACCUUCUUUGAGCAUACAUAACAUAAUCCAUUUUUAAAAUGCAAUGUACAUCCAUACUUUGCCUAAGGUAAGCAAAUCGGACGCAGAGUUUGCACCCUGAAAGAAAUACCGCGGCAUAUUGUGGACCUAUCAAUACCAGAUCGCCCACGUUGUUGUUGAUAGCGACUGUAGCGCCGCGUCCAGGUACUUCUUUCGUGGUGUGGACCCUAAAUAGGAAUUUAGCACAUGAUAUUGAGAACCAUACUUUCUGCGCGGUGUUAGCCGGCCGUAUUCUGUCCCAGUCAAGACAGUAUUAUUUGAGACUUGACUAAAAAUAGUAUACCGUUUUUGUUGUUAUUAUUUUAGAUGCUUAAAAGACAAGUUUAGGGAGUAGGCACAAACUAAUAAUAUGUGUCGGCCUGACGUGAUACUAUGUAGCUAAAGUAUAUAUAAAAUUUAGUGUAUAGAAAUCGAUCAAAUAUAUUGUAAAGUAUAUAAAGCAUUCAUCAUAUUUUCACUUGUUACAUUCUGUGAAAAUUAUAAAUGAAAGUGAAAAUUUGCUAUAUGAAAUUAUUAUUCCACUUUUAUUUAUAAGAUUCACGUUACAUCUGACAAUACGGACUCAAAUACAUUUAUUAAAUAGUUCGGACCUACCUUCCAGUGUAUACUAAUGUAUAUUUGAAAUUAAAAUGUUAUCUGUGUGAGAUUACUAUAUAGAAGAAAUGUAUUUAUAGAGUUCUUGGCGUAAAUAAAUUAAGUAUUGGCCUAAAUAUAUAUACAAUGUCUGUUUGUCUACUUGAAGAACUUAUUUUUAUCUGCAAUUAGCACUUUCGAAUAUAGAUUCUUUGUAAUAUUUGGAAUACAUUUCAAAUCACGCUGCGCCUUUUUCCGCACUACGGAAGAAAAUUCAAGUCAAUGUCACAAUUCUCGCUAUAUUAAAAUCAAAACGACAAUAAGUACAUUUUCCCGUUUCCUAUAUCAUACAUGAUAUCAUUAUUUGAGUUGGUUGUUGAAAAUGGAAUACAGUGAUGGAAUAUAUCAAAAUAAGCGAUCAUUAAUUCCUUGUGGCAGCUAAAUAGAAGUGCAAUUAUGCCUGCUAAGUUGAUAGUUACUAAGUUAAAACAAAAAUGCAAUUCGUCACUUGUCAUUGGCACAUUAUUUUUGCUAGUCUUCAACGCACAGACAAGUAGAUUUUAUUAUUAUAUGUAAACUACGAGUUAACAACGAUAUUGCUUGCGGAAAAUGACUGCUCUUUUUUUCUUUACAUUGUUACGCAGCUAAGAAUUUAUUAUUGGUUAAGAAUUGCUGUGAAAAAUGAAAACUAUUUUUCUACAUGGCAGACAGGACUUUCAUAAUUAUUUAUUUUGUAUUAUUGUUAUAUUCAUUACUUUUUUAUGUCACGGGUAUAUCUGGAUUUGGAAAAAAUGACGAGCAUUAAUUUACCUACAAAUAUUUGGGUACUAAAUGCUCUACAGUAGUAGUAACACUUUAAUAAAUGAGUAUUAGAAAAUUAUUCUCGAAAAGUACUUGUACUCCAGCUAUGCUUGCAAAGUAUAACGCAUUUUUAUUAAAGUGGUACUAUUAUAAUUAAUAUUUUUUAUUAUACUAGAUUUAUUGAAAAUCUACAAGUGGAAUCACAGUGGAAUGCUAUUUUUUUGGUUUGAAUUAGAUUUCCUUUCAUCAAACUUUAAUUUCAUAGAGUUAUGAUUCUUCGUCAUAAAGAGAUAAUUAUUUUCUGUAAUAAUUAACAUCGCAUCUAUAAGUAUUAAAAAUUCAUCUGAAUUUCUUUUGUCACAAUAUUUUUUUUCAUAAUUUCUUGUCCUUUUGUUAUAAAUAUUUUGUUGCGGAUGCCAUUCCAAAACCUUUGAAAAAGGUAAAAUUCUUGUCAGUAGAUAAUACGAAAUUUUAUGUUAAUAAUGAUUAUCAGACAAAUGUUAUUCAUUUUAUUAAUUGUAAAUUGGAUUUGGAUAAUAAAAUAAGUUCAAUUAA